AUGUCAUUUACUAUAAAUUCACAGGAAAAUUAUAAGAAUUAUUCAGUUCAGCCACAAUCUAUGAAUUUUAUUUGCCCGGUAUGUGACUCUGUAUAUGUAAAUAAAAAAGAAUUUUAUAGCCAUUUACAUAUUCAUGCUGGAGAUGUAUUGAAACAAAUGCAACACUUAAAACCAAAUGUAAACAAUGAAUCAAAGGUGCAGCUGAAAUGUUGCAAUCAGAAAAAGAUUAAUGAUAAUUUAUAUCAAGCUGUAUUAAGACCUUUCAAAUGUCAACAAUGUAACUUAACAUUUGAUAGAGCCUCUCAAUGUGAUUAUCAUCACAGAAGUAUACAUUUGGGUGAAAAAUCACAGCUCUGUGAAAUCUGUGGUAAAGGCUUUUUCAGAAAAGCAGAUUUAAGAACACAUUUGAAUAUACAUUUAGGUACAAAUUUUUGUAUCUGUGAGAUUUGUGGCAGAAAAUUUAAUCAUGUAUCUAAUUUAAUUAGACACUGCAGAAUGCAUGCUGGGGUGAAACCAUAUCCAUGCUGUAUUUGUGGUAAACGUUUUACUCAGAUCAGUUCUGUAGUAAGGCACAAACGUAUUCAUGAAAGAUUGAAAAAUGAUAUUAAGCAACAGUUACAAAACAGUUAUGAUAAUAUUAAUAUGGAGAAUGAAGAUCAAGCUGUAAAUAAGGACAAGGUGAUCAUUAAAUCUGAUAUUACACAUUUUUUAAAUAUACGUACAUACAUCUCACUGUAA